AUGUUCUCCAACGGACUCACCACCGGCCUUCUGGCCCUCGUCGCUGGUAGCCAGCUUGCUGCUGCCCACAUCGACAUCUCUUUCCCCCCUCCGUUCCGGUCGAAGUUCAACCCCCAUGCCACCAACAUCGACUACAGCAUGACCGCACCCCUCGAGGCGUCUGGUGCCAACUUCCCGUGCAAGGGCUACCACUCCGACUUUGGUACUCCCGCUGGUGCCCCCACUGCGACCUUCGCGCCUGGCAACACCUACAAGUUCACCACCGACGGCACCGCCAGCCACGGCGGCGGCUCGUGCCAGGUCAGCCUGAGCUACGACAAGGGCCAAACCUUCCAGGUUAUCCAGUCCAUCGUCGGCGGCUGCCCGCUGGCUUCCGAGUACCCCUUCACCAUUCCGGCCGACGCGCCCGAGGGCGAUGCCAUCUGGGCCUGGACCUGGCACAACGAGAUCGGCAACCGCGAGAUGUACAUGAACUGCGCCGCCGUCACCAUCGGCUCCGGCGGUGGUGCCAAGCGUGAGGUCGCCAAGGCUGUUGAGCAGCGCGCGUCCACUGCUUUCACCGCUCGUCCCCAGAUCUUUGUCGCCAACGUUGGCAACGGCUGCACCACCACUGAGGGUGUCGAUGUCCAGUACCCCAACCCCGGCCCGGAUGUCGCCGGCACCGGCAGCAAGCUUGGCCCCCCGGUUGGUAGCUGCGGCUCCUCUUCCGGCGGCGGCUCCGGCUCUGGCUCUGGCUCUGGCUCUGGCAGCGGCUCUGGUUCCGGCUCGGGCUCUGGCUCCGGUUCUGGUUCUGGCAACGGUACCCCGACUUCCUCUGCGCAGGCCACGCAGGCUCCCACCGAGGCUCCCGUUCCCACUUCCACUGGCCUCCCCGGUGGCGUGUUCAUCACUCCCCCCGCUCCCAAGCCCACCACUCUCGCCACUGUCACCACCUCUGCCGCGGCCCCCGCUGGCACUGGCACUGGCUCCGGCUCCGGUUCUGGCAGCGGCUCCGGCUCUGGCUCUGGCUCUGGUGGCAACACUGCCGGUGCCCACGCUCAGGGUACUGCCUGCACCACCGAGGGUGAGUGGAACUGCAUCGGCGGCUCGUCCUUUCAGCGCUGCGCCAGCGGCACCUGGUCUGCGGUGCAGGCCGUCGCUGCUGGCACUGUCUGCAAGGCCGGCGAGACCGCCACCCUCGCCAUCGAGGCUGCUACCUCCAAGAAGCUCCGUGCUCGUCGCUUCCGCGGCGCGGCUGCGUCUAAGCUUAGGCUGGCGCCUGUGGCUUAA